UCUGCGAGUCCAUGAAGACUUGUAAAAAAAUUUACAAGAAGGGAAACAACUUAUUAACAACACUAACAAACAGAGAAGCAAACUUUUCCAAAAUUCUUCGAUACGAUAUGGCUCUAUAGAUAAUAUUUACUAUUUACAUGUGUGACUCUAAACAUUGGAACGACUGAGUGAAUUAAAACGAAAGAAAUAAAUGUGCCAGGAACAAAAGCUGACCGAUUCCGUUAGCGGUAACUAGUCGAUCGAAUAUGGUUAGACAAUGGUAAUCGAUUCUAAAGGGAUCCACUGUGAGAGAGAAUUGUGCUAAUUGUUUAUUAAUUUAUUUUCUUAAUUGUUUAUUAAUUAGUUGUCUUUAUUGUGUCUUUGUGACACCACGGCACCAAAUCUGAAGACAAUGACGUCGACAAAGAAACGGAGACCAGAAAACAUUGCCGUAAUAGUUGAUCUAACCAAAUUCUGAUGUUGUAUUCUUGAGGAAUUACCAUUAUCCAUUUCUAGUUUUCUUUUACCAACAUCCAAGAGGCACGUUUGAAACUAAACUUAUGGGCAAUUUGAUUAAGAAAAUCUCCCCACCGUCUGCGAGUUACGAAGUUAUAUUACCUCCCUAUCAGAAACCAUGGCAACUUCUGUUUUCUGGAGAUAACCAUUCCUGGGACUCAGUAGCAAGUUCUUAUGGUUUCCAAAACUCUCGUCGCUACUGCUGUAGAGAUGUCGACUGUGAUGGAUCAGUUUGUUCACGUUAUGUACGCAUUCUCUUUCAGAAAGGAACCAAAAAUCUAGAGAUUAAGUACAAAUCAUUGAAAAUUUUAAUUUCCUGCAGCAAUAAAAGUGAACUCGCAGCUUUUGUGAAUGAUGACUACGAAAUCAGUAGUGUUGCCCUUUCCUGCCGGGAUCAUCUCAUCCUUCUCAUACUCCACAGACAACAAGGAAUUGUAAACCAAUUUGCAUUUCCUAUUGUAGACAUACAACAAAAGAAGACUCUUGGCAUCAUGUUAUCUCCAAAAGAAAAUAUGACUAUUGUUAAUGGUGACAUCACACCUGACUGCUCUCGUACGGCUAUUCUUUUCUUCUCCUUUUCCGAAGUCAGUAAAACAUCAAGCUAUGAUUUGUAUAUAUAUUCUCAUGAGACUUUCCAAGUCCUCAACAUCAUUACACUGAAUCAUGCUGUUCAACCAUAUGUUGCCUUUGACCCUCGUUUCAGGUGGUCUCGUAUUGCUGUAGCCAACUACGAGUGUCGAGCAACAGGCGUCUGUAACGAACUUGUCACUUAUUCUUUAUCUGAAAUGGGAAUUGUUGUACGCAGCAACUUGUGUCUCCCUGUUCUGUUUGGCAGCAGCCGUUUUCAUCUCUCCUACAGCAAAGACGGAACUUUACUUAUUGUUCAGAAACUCACUGACAACCGCUUUGGGGUCACAGCUUUCUCUGAUAUAUAUUUGUUUAACGCCGAUACAAUAACGUUACUUAAGUAUUUAACAUCAUGUCUUCCUGGUUUAAUAAGAAUAUGUCGUGUUAAUUAUCAACUCGCAUUUUCCCGCUGUGGCAGCUACAUGAGAGUGCUUGAUCAUAAACAGAGUUCCGAUGAAGUUAGUAUCCUUGUUUAUCAGAUGCCACGAAUCCUCAACUUACAAAGUCAGUGUCGAAUAGUCAUACUCCAACACCUUUCCAGAACUUGUGACAUUGAUAUUCUACCCUUACCUUCUGUUCUCAGACAAUACCUUAAAUUUCAGCCAAUUUUUCGGUGACACAUUUUCAUUCUACCCCUCGAUGCCUUCAGUAUUUAUUUAUAUUCUCUGUCUCUCUCCAUUCAAUCAUUCUUCUUCUUCAUCUUCUUCUUCUUCUUCUUCUUCUUCUUAUAAUAAUAAUAAUUAUUAUUAUUAUUAUUAUCAUUAUCAAGCUAGCAAAAUCAUUAACAAGACAGACAAGACACUUAGUGGUAUUAUCCCAACUCUUUACCUUCGGAGUUCUACUUCUAAGUUCUCGUCAAGUGCUGGAGUCGAUGUAAUCAAUUUCCCUUUCCCCUCAGGAUUGCUGGCCUUGUGCUGAAAUUCGAAAGAAUUAUUAAGAAUCAUUCAUGUGUUGGAUAAAAUGCUAAGUGGCAUUUCUUCAAGUUCUUUACAUUCUAGUUUCAAAUCCUGCUGAGGUCAGCUUUGCUUUCUGUCCUUUUGGGGGUCAAUGAAAUAAGUACUUGUCAAGUACCGGGGAUUAAUGUACGUGAUCAGCCCCCCCCCCCACCACUGAGCUGGGGUAAUUGUUGGCCCACCAGACAAAAUGUUCAAUGGCAUUUCAUCUACAUUUUGAGGUCAACAUUGCCUUUAACCCUUUCGAUACCAACCUACCUGAAACUGCCUCUGGCUCUGUAGUACAAAUGUCUUGUUUUCAUAAGUUUUGAAUUAAAAUCUUCCACCAAACCCUAGUCACAAUUUACGUUCUUAAAACACUAGCUGAAUGAUAACUAAGUUAUUUUACUCAAUUCUUUAUUAUAUUUAAAAUUAAUUGAAAGAAACCCAGAGUAUCUCAAAAGAAAUAUGUUAACAAAACAGUCUUUUGGGGUCAAUGAAAUUAUUUCCAACUAAGACGGGUCAAUAUAAUCGACUAAACCCCUUGCACAAAAUUUCAGGCCUUACACCUAUAAUAACAGAAAGGAUUAUUAUUAUUAAGUAAGGCUUGAUAAUAAUGCUUAGCACCAUUUCGUCCAUCUCUACAUUCUGAGUUGAAAUUCAGCUGAGGUUGACUUUGUCUUUCAUCCUUUCAGGGUUGAUAAAAAUAAGUACCAGUUGAAUACUGGGGUUGAUAUAAUCAAGUUAUCACUGCCCCGAACUUACUAGCCUUAUUGCCAAAAUUUGAAAUCAUUAUUAUUAUCAUCAUCAUCAUUAUUAUCAUUAGUUUUGUCUUAACUUUCCUAUCUCCAAGACAUGAAAAAUUUCCCCUUAUUUAAAAUCUCACCUUUUCAAGAUGGAACCUAGUCUUGACUUAUUCAUUUACAAACAACACUCAACUCUAUUUUAUUUAUUGUUGAUGGCCAGACUAAGCUGUUAGUUUUAAACACAUUGAAUUUAGCACAUUGUAUAAACUGGAGACUAAGAACAUAACUGACAUGAAAUAGAAUUUCAAAAUUAGCUAAGUAUCUUCGCUCAUCUGCUAGAUAGACUACUUUUUGGAUUUAAUCUCUUACAUACUAAAUGAAUUGAUAAAAUGAAAUCCAAUCUUCAUUACUAUGGAAAAGUAAUAACGGGUGGGAUUUGAUCAACAAGAAGAUGAAAUCAAAAGAAUGGCUGUAUCUCUUUCCUGCUUCUAGUUUGUAUCUUUCUCAUAAUUCUUCCUUUAAGUAUACGUUUCAGUCUAAACUUUAUUGUACUUUAUUUUAUUUUAUUCCAGUUGUUAUUGUUUUUUGGUUCAAUCUAGUCAAAAAGCUUUAUUUUUGAUUUCUUUCAAUUUUUCCUGUUUUUUUUCUUUGUGCCAGAGAAAAUAUCACAGAUAAUAAUAUAUUUUCAAGACUAAAUAAAAAAAAAAAAAAAACACUUGUUAUAAACGAAAUAAAUU